GUUUGUUUAGAGAGCAACAGGAACUACAGGCUCUUAUUUUGAAGUGGUCGGAGGGCGCCGUCCACGGGAAGUAGCAAAGAAGAAGCAGACUUGUUGUGGUUGACGGUGUCAGGAGCAGCGGACUCACCUGGCGGACAGGUGCGACCUCAGCCCGGACUAAUCCAGAGUGCAGUCUCUCGGUGAACGGCCCCAGGUCAAAGGUCGACUCCUCCCUCACCGGUCAUGGCCCUGAUCUCUCUGGAAGAUCUCGACGGAUUGGACGACGAGCAACUGGACGAUGACAUCACCGACAACCCAGAGCCAAUGGAUGAAGACGACCGACUGCUGAGUCACUGGCAGGCCGUCGCCAGCACCCACCAGGUGUCAGUACCUCCAGACAUGACCGGACCCAUACAGGAAAUGACCCGCAACAGUCAGCAGAGGGAGCCCCUCCCCUUUGCGCCAGUAUCCCGCCAUGAGAAGAUGGGGGAGGAGCUGUACGAGGAGCGGGUGUACGCAGCAGGACACUGGGCCUGUGUGACCAGAGGCGAGGAUCUGUACGAGCAGAGCAUCUCUAUGGGCUUCAUGAAACUGAUGCGCUUCAUCUGUAAAGAGAACUCCGCAGGUAAAUACCUGGGAAUGACGGUGCCUGUGGUCAGUAACAUUCACAUGAUGGAGGAUGGAACCACGUUUAAGAAAGAUGUCCAGACUUCGUUCUUCCUGCCCGCUGACUUUCAGACCAACCCCCCCCAACCCCACGACUCCGACAUCACCAUCGUCUACAGAGAGCCAAUCAGAGUCGUCACCAGGACAUUCCUGGGGACGACCACAGAGGAGACGGUGACACGUCAGAUCAGUCUGCUGUGGGAGAUCCUCGGCGCCACCGACGACCUCUGCAGAGACAACUACAUGGUCGCUGUGUACGAGAACCCUGGCAUACCUCGCCGCAGGAACGAGAUCUGGUUCAUCAGACGGAACCUGUAGAUGCCUUCCUCUGCUCCGCCUCCUCAUCCUCCUCUGAUUGGCUAGUUUGUUGUUUACACACUUCCUAUAGCCGAAAUAAUUUUUUUUUUUUAUGUCAAACUGACCAAUCAGAGCAGGUUUAUGCUUGUUAGCUGGUCCUGACACUAUGCUCCGCUCCUCAACCCUUCCCAUCCAAUCAGAUCGGCUUUCUCUGACUAACUGACAGCCCAUUGGUUCACACUUCCUGUCACGUGUACAGUCGGUGUGUAGAAUAGAAUCAGGACAGUUAGAGGUGGUACAUCAUCAUAUCAGAAGAAGCAGAAGGGAAAGCAGGAAGUUACAACUCCACUCAGACCAAUCAGCUGAGUUCAGUCUGGUGUCAGAUGCAGAGAUGUGGAUGAAAGGGCACAAUCUCAGUUUAGCUCCAGUCUGUAUCAAAGCGUGAUCAUGUGAACACGUGACAGGAAUAAACAUUAAUCUUCCCUUCAAUCUGCAGGUGUGACAGUGACGAUCCUGCAGACCUGAAGCAGGUCUGGAGUUUGGACCUGGUUCAGGUCUAGAGUUCAGACCAGAUGGAGGUUUGUGUCAUAAUGAACGUUGGUUUACGAUAAAAAGGACAGUGAAUAUUUUUGUAACUUUUUCAUCAUCAGUCAGAUCUGAUGCUGGUUUUAGAUUCUGGUCCUGUGACGGUUUUAAACGGUGAAGAGGUUUCACUCUGACAGAUAUAUGUUGAUUUGUGGUGACGGCCCUCCACAUGUUCAGGCAGGUGACUCCAAGUUCACAUAUGACCAGCAUGUUAAUGUGACUUUGACAAAGUGGUUUUAACCCUGCAGCUCUUCUACACUUUAUUUUCUGAAUAUUGGAUGUGAAAUCAUUAAAGAAUCGACCAAACA